GAGCCAGCUGUCAGAGCACAUUGAUCAUCAGUGCCUUGAUGAUCAGUGUAGCCCAUCAGUGCCCAUCAGUGUGGCCAAUAGUGCUCAUGAAUGCUGGCUAUCAGUGCCUCCUCAGUGCUGGCUAUCAGUGCCCAUCAGUGCUGCAUAUCAGUGCAGUCUAUCAGUGCCCAUCAGUGUGGCCAAUAGUGCUCAUGAAUGCUGGCUGUCAGUGCCUCCUCAGUGCUGGCUAUCAGUGCCCAUCAGUGCAGCCUCAUCAGCGCUCAUCAGUGAAGGAGAAAAAUCACUUAUUUACAAACCUUUAU